AUGCCACGUCCCUGCAGCGAGGUCCUCGCGCAAGCACUGUCUCCCUACGGGAAGGUGCCGCACAUCAGCAGAGGACUUAUGGGAUCGCGCCUGACCAUGAACACUGGGACGCGAUACGUUCGAAGGGAAAUGAAGACCUCGUUGCCUGUGCCCAACUACCUCAAGGUCGCAGGCCAUCCAGUCACGGAACCACAGGUCGAGCCCCCGCCAAACAAGGCAGCUCUCGGCGAACGCGUCGCAGAUAGCAACGCGAUAUCUGACACUCACCCCAUGGCUGCCCAGUCCUCUGUUAGUCCUCCUGUCACUGAGGAGACUCUGCCCCAAGAUGACAAAGCUUCCGUCUACGAGGACUCAAGCAGCACGGCAAGAAAUAGAAAACACGAAGGACACAGUGGGGAUCAAAACUCGGGUCCCCGCGCGCCAGCCGAGCGCCUAGUUCACCUGGACUUAAAGGGCGCGCCGCCUAAGGCAUCCUACUUGAUCUCGCUCAUCCCCAUCCUCAAGAGUCUCGGCGCCACGGGCCUGUUGUUGGAGUACGAGGACACCUUCCCGUUCGUCGGUGAGCCGCUGCACGUCCUCGCCUCGCCGCGGGCCUACACCCGCCAGGAACUGCGCGCCGUCCUGGACACUGCUAAAGCGUACGACCUGACUGUGGUGCCACUGAUCAACACCUUUGACAACAUUGAGUACAUCCUCCAGCACCCUCAGUUCGCCAAGUACCGCGACAGCCCUAACGUACCUGGCACGCUGUGUCCCUCAAACCUCGCCGGAGUCAAACUCAUACAAGACGUCCUGGAUCAGAUCCUCAACUUCCACCACGCCAAGGAGCUCUACUACGUGCACAUCGGAUGCGGAGACGUGGCCUCACUUGGUCUCUGCGGGCGGUGUACCGCGAGGCGUUUCGACCCUGCUCGUCUGGACGAAUCCCGUUCAGGAGGUCGGUUUGGCCUCUACGACAAGUACAUGCUCUACAUGUCAACUGACGUGGAAUUCAGCGGAUGGCUCAACUUCGCGUCGCGCUUCGGUGACUCACUGUGGAUUGCUACCUCGUUCAAGGACGUUGGCGAAGCUGUGGUCACUUACCCGCGACUGAAGGAGCGAGCGCAAAGUCACGUUACGUGGGUGGGUGCCAUGAAUGAGUGGAAAGAUCACGUCCGCUUCCCCGGUGUUGCCCUAAUGGGUCCUCAAAGAACGAGGCACGACUCGCCACUGCGCGAACUGCUUCCCACCAGCUUGCCAUCACUGGCUGUCUGCUUAGAUGUAGUUCGUAAGUCUGGUCAGCUGCCUACUCUCAGCACCAGAUCAUCAUCGAUCGAGCAGAUUCUCAAGUGCCACCGCACCAUCGACCUGAACAUUGAUUUCAGGAUGCAAGGCGUGAACUGCAAGUUUCCAGGAGCGGCUAUUGUCGACGAGCUGCAAAGCUUGGAGAUGCUGAAGCACCACCUGGAUCUUUUGCCGUACUUGCCCAUUUGCAAACCGAGCUUCGAGAAGUCCGAGAACGACAGCAAGGAGUGUGUCAGGAAUCUCCAUUCUCAGAUGGUAGAACUUUCGGUGCUGAACUCAACCCUCCGAACGGCUCUCCGGGAGGUCUAUAGCAAGGACGUAUCCGAUGAAUACGCGACCGAUAAACUCGGUCCUGUAAUAGCGGAUAUAAAGCGAAAGCAAGAGCUCCUGGACUCUACUGGCUCGCUUCGUGUCCUCCGCUCGACGGUGGGAGCAAGGUACAGGAAGAGGAAGUGGCCGAGCAGAUCUCGUGCUGAUAGUGACUAG